GGCGUGCAACGUGCUUGUCAAAAGAAAAUAAGGAAAAAUGGCGGACGAAAACGAGGAUCAGUGGUUGUACGGAGAUUCCGCCGAUGGAAAGGAAUACGCUAAUAUACAAUCGGAAAGUCAGCAAAAUGAUUCGAUCAAAAGUCAAGAGAAAUCUCAAUCUGAAGAGGAGCAUAAAAUCGAGGGAAUUAAUGAAACCCCGCCCGAGAUGCAAGAGAGUGUUAGCUCCCCUGUUGGUGGUAUUGAAGAAUCCUCUUCAUUGAAUAAUGUACAGGAAGAGAAUAAUGCAGAUGCAAGUAAAAAUGGGACUAGAGAAGCUUCUAGUCAAGAGGAUGGCGAAGCAGCCAGUGACUCUGACUCUGAUGAUGAUGUACAUGUUGUGAUUGGAGAUAUCAAAUCUACCCCAGCAUAUGGCAGCUUAAAUAUCAAGAGAGGAGGACUUUUGACCAAUGCGUCUGGUGUACCGGAUAAAUUGAGCAAACAGCCAGGAAAAUUCAGUAUAGAUGAAUUUGAAACUAUUGGAGUUAUCAACGGGAUACCAGCUCAUGAAUAUAAUUUGGAUCAAUUGGAGGAUAAACCUUGGAGACAGCCUGGUGCAGAUAUCACGGAUUACUUCAACUAUGGUUUCAAUGAAGAGACCUGGAGGGCGUAUUGUGAACGUCAGAAACGAAUGCGCAGCGAAUCAGGAGUGGGGUUAAUCUUGAAUGCAGGAGGUGGCAGUGGUAAUCCUAACAGCAUGAGGGUACCUCAAGUGGCGAUAACCAAUGAUAACAGUAAAUACUCUGGUAUUAUGGGCCCUAAGAGGGCAGGUCCACCACCAGGACGAAAGAUGGCAGGGACUAUAGACGUCAUUGGAAGUUCUGGUUUAGCUUCCCGAAGAAAUCUGGACAAAUCUCCGCCGAAAGGAAAUGUCAUACAAGUCAUGACCGCCGAUAGAAGGGAGUAUUCGAGAAAACCAGGUUUUCCCGAUAUGACUGUACCGCCUCCUGGAGCAGGAAUACCACCACCGUUUGAUAUGCCUCCACCGGGAUACGCUGGAGAACCAGCGCCGUUUUACAUGCCGGAAGCGGAUCCAUAUUAUCAGAGUUAUGAACCUACGCAGGACAAUCAGUGGGGUAAUGAUCCGACAUGGCAGCCGACAAAUCUGGCAAUCCCAAUGACCGAAGGUGAAGACGACAAAGACAUGGGACCUAAGACGAUACCUACCAUGGUUCCACCAACAUCCAUUCCACCCUUAAUACAACAGCGUGAUCAGCGGGACGGAAGAGAUCGGGAACGAGACAGAGAUAGGGAUAGAGAUCGAGAACUGGAUUCCAUGGGCAGAGACAGGGACAGAGACAAGGAUAGAGAUCGUGAUCGCGACAGAGAGAAAGAUUCUAUGAUGAGAGAUCGUGAUAGAGACAGAGAUUCGAUGACACGAGAUGAGGAUCGAGAGCGUGAUAGGUCUAGAUCCCAGUAUCGUCAUAAGGAUCGGCAUCGACAUCGAUCGCGAUCGCGUUCUCGUAGACAUAAAUCUAGAUCACGUAGUCCAAGUCGACGUAAGAAGAAAUCUAGACGCUCGGAUAGAGAACGUUCUAAAGAAGAAAGCGAAUAAAUGUGUGUAUAUGUGUAUCUUACGUUAAUUUACAGUGUGUCUUGUAUUACAGGACGCAUUGCAAUAGAAUUAAGUGAUUAUUUGUCAUAAAAUCAGAUAAUAUACCGACUAUUGUUCCAAAAAAUACAAGCAUUAAUACAAUUGUGCGAAGCUAUUUAUAAGAUACACAAGCUGAAAAAUAUUAUGUACCAACGCUUGCAGAAGUGUUAGGAAUAAUUUUUAAGUUAUUAAUAGAAACAAUAAAAGUAUAUUAGAUUUGUAGUAAAUUAAAGAUUUGCAAAUCAAGAA